AAGACUCACUUUUUGAUGGAUGGAAUGCACGGUUUCAAUUCCACCACGGGAGAGUACGCUGACAAGGCGUUGAUGUCACCGGAAAACCUGAUCCUUCCAUCGGAUUACGAUGCUUGGCUUUGCUCUUCGGGUCGGAGUCCGAUGUUUGGAUUCGACGAGUUAUUCUCCGCCGCCUCUGCCAUAUCCGAAGCUGCUUCCAUCACCCCUGAAAUUCGACGAGAAGAGGACAUCUCAUGCGUCAUCAAAGCCAAAAUCGUUUCUCACCCUUAUUACCAUCGUUUGCUUCAAGCUUAUAUUGAUUGCCAGAAGGUUGGAGCAACACCGGAGAUAGCGAGUAUAUUAGAUGAAAUUCUAAGAGAGAACGAUGUUAACAGGCGGGAAAUCGUGCCAACCUGCUUGGGAGCCGAUCCUGAGCUGGACGAGUUCAUGGAAACUUACUGCGAUAUGUUAGUGAAAUUCAAAUCCGAUCUCUCAAGGCCAUUUGAUGAAGCAACUACGUUUCUAAACAAGAUUGAAAUGCAGCUUCGAAAUCUCUGCACCGGUGCUUCCAUUAGAGCUCAUUCUGAUGAAGGUGGGGCAUCAUCGGAUGAAGAUGGUAGUGGUGAGGAAGUAGAAGUGCACGUAGGGCAGUCGAGAAGCGAAGACCGAGGACUGAAAGAUAGGCUGCUCCAGAGAUUCGGCAGUCAUAUUAGCAGCUUGAAGUUGGAGUUCUUGAAGAAGAAGAAGAAGAAAGGGAAACUACCGAGGGAAGCACGGCAAAUGUUGCUCGAAUGGUGGAAUGUUCACUACAAAUGGCCAUAUCCAACGGAAGCUGAUAAGAUAGCAUUGGCUGUAUCAACCGGACUAGACCAAAAGCAAAUCAAUAACUGGUUUAUAAACCAAAGAAAGCGGCACUGGAAACCAUCAGAGAGCAUGCAAUUCGCGGUGAUGGAUAACCUGUCGGGACAAUUCUUUUCCGAGGAGGACUGAGGUGAACCGGGAAAUGGCAUUCACAAGUCAAAUGUAUAUCCCCAGAUCAGUAGUUGAUUAUAGUUUUAAAAGUAAGUAGCUUUGUUUUGCAUAUGCCUUGAAGGCCAUGUAUAUUUUGAAUGCAAAAUGUAUCGUGGACUUCACUCAAAAUUU